AUGUUAGGAAGAGUUCUAGAAGGGCGUAUACAGCGAGCCAAGGAGUUCAAGAAAGAGUAUGGUACAGGUGCUACCAGUGGUGCAGGUGCUACCAGUGGUGAAACAGAAGCUGGCAAACUCUUGAAGCCUAUGCUAGGUGGUGGAGAGCUACGAUGCAUUGGUGCAACCACUCUGGAUGAAUAUCAUAAGAAUAUUGAGAAAGAUCAGGCCAUGGCGAGCUGGUUCCAGCAAGUUUAUGUUGAUCAACCUUCAGUGGAAGACACCAUCUCUAUUCUCAGUGGUCUGCGUGAAAAGUACGAGCUGCUGGAGUCUGCAUUUCAGGCAGUACCCUUGUUGAAGCUCCAAUUCUAUCAAACCACUACAUCAGUGGACGUUUCCUACCUGACAAAGCUAUUGAGCUUGUUGACAAAGCAGCAGCUAAACUGA